AGAACAACAGCUCAAUCAUGAGCUGCCUGGAUUGUUUGGAUUUGGGGCCGCCGCCUGAUUCAAUACUUUUUCUCCCGCCUCCUCCAAUUCCUUCUUUUCUACAACAAUCCCUUCCUGACCUUCUGCUUAAUACCACACCUUGUUCUGCAGCUCAAAUCUGCGAGUCGACGUCGGCUCCUAACCGAAUUCCCGAAAGUGGUGAUUAUAUGGAACUUCCACGAAAAGAUGUUGAAACCUGGUCCGGAAUUGGAGACACAUGGCUCUUAGUUUUGGUUGCCUCGUCAAUUGGAGUCCUAUUAUUAGGAGCUUUGCUAGCAAUGUUUCUCUUAAAAUGCAGGGAAAUGAAUAUGUUUGGCGGAAACGAUUGUUCCCUUCAUAGACAAAUGAAAAAUCACGAACCAAGGGAGUGUACUGCAGUACCUACUCUAAAUGGAACCAAAAUUAUCCAUCCUACAGACACCGUCUUAUAUCACGGCACAAACUUACAAGAUAAUCGAAUGGUUUGGGCUACGUUAACCCCUAGAGGUACCCAGCAUUUCAUUUCAGAGAACUAUCCUCCCGAUUUAAUCGACUAUGGAGACGAGGACCAUUACGAAACUAUUGAUAAUAUUGGAGCGGUGGUGCCACCAGUACCACCAUAUCCUAAAGCUAUAGAAAAAUCGAGUUUUGACAAUUCUGGGUUCCUAGAUUACGAAUACGAAGAUCCCACUCCUCUAAUCGAAAGCUACCAACUAACCAACAUAGAACCCGAUACAUCCCACUACCAGAUGAUAGGAAAUGCUGAUAUGCGUUGCUCAAAUUUAAAUACUCUACGAAGACACCUGCCUAUCUCUAGACCGAGAGUCUCGUCACCAACUAGAAUAGAACAUCCCAAUUUACCACCUUUGAAUUUAUAUCCACACAAAGGAACGCUCAAGAAAAAUGGUACUCUUAGUUAUAGAGCAGUUGAAGGUAGUACGCUACCCAAAUAUGGCUUGUAAAUAUAUUUUAAGUACUUAUCCUCACCUUGUUCUUAAUGUGAUAUGUUUCAAUAACGAUUCUCUCUAAAAAACCAAAGCUACUUAUACCAAAUUUACUGUUCAAAAUCAAACAUAAAUAUAGUUUUGUUGACUGGAAUAGCGUAUCACCACGAAGACAAUUGAAUUGAGAUUUUUAGACGUUUUAUAAAAGACAUAUAAACGUUUAAAGAAGAAACCUUUAUCAUAACAAGCAUAUAAAAGUUGGUUGCUAACAAGUAUACAAUUAUGUGUAAAAGAUUAAAUCUUUUCAAAUUCGUCCUCUGGGCUAACAAAUUCGUUAACCGAGAGGAGAGAAAACGAUAUUAUUAAAUCGUUUUCGUUCAUGGCGCCAAAGUAGGUGGCACCUCUAUACUCAAACCAUUGCAGUGGUCAAGUUUUAAGAGACAUUUGUUGAACUUUCCAAGUUUGAAUUUGUAUCAGCCCAAGUGUCUGAUGAGGCAGGGAUAUGCUGAAAUGAUUCAUAAUACUUUAUUGAUACCGAUUCGAGCACGGGAAGUUUAAUGAAUUUGUCCUCCUGGGUCAUACAUUUGGUCAUUUAAUUCAACAAAGCGAUAGCAGCUUUUGCUAAAAGAUUUAUUCUUUUAUACAUUUCGUAUAGCCCAGAGGACAAAAAAGAUUUUUUCGUUCAUGGCCGCCAAAGCAGGUGGCACCUCUGUAGGCCAACUAUUGCAGUGGUCAAGUUUUAGGAGACAUUCGUUGGACUUUCGGAAUUAGAAUUUGUACCAACCCAACUGUCUGAUGAGGCAGGGAUAAGCUGAUAUGAUUCAUAAUACUUUAUUAAUACCGAUUCAAGCACGAGAAGUUUAAAGAAUUUGUCAUCCUAGGCCAUAUAUUUGGCCAUUUAAUUCACUAAAGCGACAGCAGCUUUUGAUAAAAGAUUUAAUCUUUUACAUACAUAUAUACGUGUUUAUAUUAUGUAGUUUGAUUAUAAUGCCAUGAGUUUUAUGCGUUUUCUUCUUUAAUUUGUUGGUCGGCUAUUAAAGAAAAAACUGUGCUUUGACUUUAUCAUGACAACUAUUAGAAAAGCACCGAAAACAAAAACAAAACUCGAAUAAAAUGUAGCCCACUCGAUGAAAAUGAGUGGUUUGGUUUCAGUUUUGUUUUGUUUUUAAUUUCUAAAAAUCACAAACAAAACUAUUAAUUCAACUGCCGUUUAGUGGAAAACCACCUUAAGACACAAAACGCAUUGUUUACAAUUGGUAACAAUAGAUGGGGCUACAUGGUAGGAUAUAACUAUUUUGGGAUAUGUCAACAGUGGAUACAACAAUUGUGCUGUUCGAAUAUUGUUCUAAUUAAAGUGAUAUGCUGUUUGUUUUGAAGAACAUCUGCAGAUAAUAGGCAUCGUUGUAUAAAAAGAUUGGGAAAUUCAAAAAGCAAUGUCCACCAAUCUUACCAAAACCUGCCUUUACUACCCAUAAUAUAAUUAUUUUAUCUGAUCCUCGACCAAUUGCUCAUGUCUUGGAUUGGACGAAAAGACAAUUUAAAGAGGAGAUAUGUUUUAGAUUAGAAAGUAGUAAUAUUUUUCUCCAUUUAUAUUUUCUAAAUGACUUUAAAUGGUUAUUCUUAUUAAAUGGCGUCAUGAAUAUUUCUGGAAUAGAAGACAAUAUUUUUGGCAGCUUAAAUGUUUUAAAAUAGUAUACCAAAGCUGGUUUCUUGGUUUGUUGCUGUUUCACAAUAACAAUAUUUUUUAGUUACUGUUUUAAAUGUUAAUUUUAACUGCUAAUAAAAAUUUUAUAGCAAAAUGACAUUGACAUCAAAUGUUUUAUAUGCUUUGUGCACGACUGCCGUUAGUUUUAUUUCAUAAAUUUAUAGUUUUAAACAGAUAUAUUUCAAAGCAGUAAUAAUAAAUAUAUGUUAUUAAAAAAUACAUUCUUCCUCUAUGUGUAUUCACAGAUACGAUAAAAUGAUUUGGUUUUCUAGGGAAAAUUUGUUGAACAAACAACCACUAGUCACUAUUUAUAAAGUACUCUCGAUGUAAUUUUUAUAUUUAUAUUGUUUUCGGUGUCUAUACCUCAUGUGUUAGUUAUGUUGGAUGUUUAUUAGUAACUUAUUAUUAUAAUAUUAUAAUGACGAAUAAUAAAAUAUUUGUUAUAAAACAA